CACUAUUGUCAAUAAAAAGAGAAACAUCAUAAUGGCCGUGUGAUGGCCGAUGUACAUUGUACGAAAUAAAAAAAAAUUAAAACAAUGUCAUAUCGCUUCUAAGUUCUUUAGAGUUGUAAACAAAUAUAAUUAGUUAAUUACCUAUUUCUUCCUAGAUACUGUGUAAAAAAUAAUAAAAAAAUGUCUAGAUUAAUGUUAGAGCCAGAUUUAAUAGCAGCAGGCGAAAACAUUUUACCCGAUUUAAAUAACGAUUUAGUUUUAGCGAAGAAUUUUUUAAAGCAACAAAGUGCAGCCACUGCUGAUUCCUUGUACGAUCAUCUUGUGGACAUCGUACAAAAGAUUUUGACCCAAAAGCCGCCAGAUGUCGUCGACAAUUUUGAACAGUACUCCUGGGAGGUCAAACAUGAGAAGUUUCGACCGAAUUUUGAUCUUCUCAAUGAUGUUUAUCUGUCGCCUCCACAGCUGGCGCUUGUGCGGAGAAUGGAGGAAAUGUUUAGGUUGGUAGCGAGCAAGUCGCAGAAAAUGGAAGAGCUUGGAGAAGAGGAGCAGGAACUUGACUUGGAAGAAGAAGAUUCUAAGCCCAGAAUAGCGGAUCUCAUCGAUCAUAAUUAUUACUUUAGACAGGGAGGUUACGGUCUUCCGGACAGUGAGUGUUAUGCGGUCUAUAUAGCUCUCAACAUGUUGGCUAUCAAAGAACCAGUAGCUACAGUCAGGUUUUUCGGCAAAAUAUAUGGCACCAAAGCGAAUUACUACGUCGCCGAAACGGAUCUGACGAUCGAAGAGUUGGAUAGACGAAUUCGGGAGUUUGAAAUGAAAGACAUGCCCGGGGAAGGAGAGGGUAUGGAUGAGGAUCGGGUGCAGGAAACAGAAGAGCAGAAAGAGAUAAUGGGUGAAGGUGAAGCCCGGGAGGAAAAGCCCAAAGAGCCAGUGCCUCCUAAAUUACCACCCAUACCAGUGUCCACGUGGCAACCUCCACCCCCUAUACCCGUGGAGAGACCCGGGCAAGGGGUUAAUAAAAAGGUAUACUGGGUGUGCAACUCCCCCGGAGAGCCAUGGGUGUGUCUCCCGGAUGUAACGCCGGACCAGAUACGAGUAGCUCGUCUUAGCGUGAGGUGUAUGACGGGGGAUUUGGAUUCAGAGGUCCAAACGUUCCCUCCCUUCGAAGGCACAGAGCGCAAUUACCUGCGCGCGCAGAUUGCUCGCAUACAAGCGGGGACUGCGAUAUCGCCACAGGGCUUCUACACCUUCGGCUCGGGGGAGGAGGAGGAGGACAUCGAUCUGGAGGAGGGAGCUGGAGACCUGGCGUUCAACCCAAACCCCUUUUACCAAGGCCAUACCCUAAAAGACUUGCUUGACUCAAAUCUCACUUACUGGGUCCACCACGGGAGACAUAUCUUGAACCAAGGAAGGACUAUUUGGUGGAACCCUAAUGCGGAUAUGGACGAAGGCAUAGAGGAAGAGGACGAAGGCCCACCCCCCAUGGAACCAGAAACGGGUCCUCCUCUAUUCACAGCCCUUUCGGAGGACGCCCACUUAGAGGGUCUGCCCGCGUGGCGAACACGGUCUAGUACCAUGCUCACCCCGGAUAGGGCCCUGGUGACGAUAUGUAGUGAUGUGUGGCCCGGGGCUGUGGCUUAUGCUACUACGGGGAAGAAAUCUGAAUGCAUGUACGUCGGCUGGGGCCUCAAAUGCCAGCCACCAAACUUCUCCCCGCUGCAACUCGCGAGGCCCCAGGACGAGUACCCCGUGGGGCCCGAGGUCAUGGAGAUGGCGGACCCUACGUUUGCUGAUGAGGAGGCAUACCGUAUCGCGCAUCUACCUCCCCCUCCCCCGCCGGAACUUCCCGGGGAGGAGGGAGCCUUCGGGGAGGAAGAGGAGGAAGAAGAUGAAGAAUAA